UGAGACAUGGGGGGUUUUUGACUGCGAAAGGAAUUAUACGUACUUCUGUAAAUGAUUCCAUGCGUUCGCAAUGCUACAAGAAAUAAGCGAAGUAGCCUAAUGCGCGGCGCCGGUUUAGAUAACGCACAAGACGUGGUGCGGUCUCCUAAAGUUCACAAGCGUAAUGACCCUAGAGCAUGGUGUAACUAAAGUAAACUGCUAACAUCGGAGUUCGAAUUUAUUAUUUCUCGCAUUCACCUCCAACUCCCAAGCACCAAAAUUUACGUUCACGAAUGCCAACGAACUGAUUGAAGAUAGUGAAAGUGAGAGGACUGCACUAUUAGACGCCAAGGACCCGUGGAGAUGGAAGACGGAGAGGUGAGCGGUACAAAUCACACUCAUGCAGAAACAGGCUACGAUCCUGCAUACGAAUGGCCUGGCUAUACAGAAGUCCCACAGCCUACUACGGUCCUGAAUGAAUCUCUUUCAUCAACUUUCAAGCCAUGGUCUCUGCUUCGUUUGCUUGUGCAAACUAGCUCCGUCCUUCCAAGGGCCCAACGUCUUGUAGUGCUAGAUGAGCACAAAGAAGUGCAGUUUGGGAGAGAUGUUGCUCUAGCCGGAAGCGGAACUCCUCGUGUGAGGUUGAAAGAAAUGGCGGUUUCCAAAUUACACGCGACGACGUUUUGGGAUGCCGGAAGGCGAGAGUGGGCAGUUGUGGACAUGGGUUCCAAGCAUGGGUCGUUUUUACGUCCUGGUGGAUAUUCUGGUCCGACCGUGAACGUGGGUGAAGAUUUAGGGAUCAGGCUUUCCCCCUCACGAGUAGCCAGCUUUCCACGCGCAUUAAAGCACAAAGACGCAUUGACAAUUGGAAGCACCACGUUUGUGGUGCAUAUCCAUUCUGACCGCAUGUCAUGUGAAGGAUGUGUGUCAAGCGGGAGUGGCGAUGAUAUCGUUCCUCUUUUCCCUGUUUCGAAAGGCGUUAAACGGUCAAGAGAGGAAGUGGAUUCAACACCUUUGGAAGGGAAAGAUGCCAAGAAAGCGCUGACCAUGCUGAAACGGACGCUUUUAUCUCGUCACGAUACAGCGAGGUCAUCGGCAUCCACCCAGUCCUCCAGCUAUGUGGACCGUUCCGCAAAGAGACGAGCACUAUUCCCCAGUUCGCCGCUGGACCCUCCAGGUGUACCCAGUCCUAGAAGCGAUUCGCCAUGCGUUACUCCAUCCGGUUCUGCCCCCACACCUGAAACCCCUGCAACUCCCCAGCCACUGCCGGAAUCGAACAUUGGGCGUCAGCUGCUGAUGAAGCAGGGUUGGCAGCCAGGAACGGUUCUAGGCUCACAGGAAAAUGCAUCAGGGUUGGUCGAACCAUUGGAAGUCAGCGCAACUUCAAACAGGUCGGGGCUAGGCAUGCCGGAGAAGGCGCCUACUUUCUCAAGCGCUGACUGGAGGGAGAGUGGGAAGCAAAAGCGGUGGGCCGACAUGAUAGAUAAGAAGUGAACAAUAAAUUGGAAGCAUAAUUCAGUUCGGUUUAGCCUCGACUGAUUUUUUUUAAUCUCACAAACAUGCGUUUGUAAGGCU